AUGGUUUCCUACAUGAAAGACGUUGCCAAGCUUGGUGUAGAACUUACUGUUGAAGAACGUAAUCUCCUUUCGGUUGCUUAUAAAAAUGUAAUUGGUGCCCGUCGUGCAUCUUGGAGAAUUAUUUCAUCUAUUGAACAAAAAGAAGAAAACAAGGGGAAUGAUACUCAAGUUCAAAAGAUUAAAGCAUAUCGUCAAAAAGUAGAAGCUGAACUCUCCGAAGUGUGUUCGGAUAUUCUUGCUGUAUUGGAUGAACAUUUAAUUCCAGCUGCAGAGGCUGGGGAAUCUAGAGUAUUUUAUUAUAAAAUGAAAGGCGAUUAUCACCGAUAUCUUGCUGAAUUUGCCUCUGGUGAACGAAGAAAAGAAGCUGCAACACAAGCACAUGAAGCGUAUAAACAUGCUACUGAUAUUGCUCAAACAGACUUGCCUUCAACUCAUCCAAUUCGCCUCGGACUUGCUCUAAACUUUUCCGUUUUCUACUAUGAGAUCCUCAAUUCACCUGAUCGUGCAUGUCAUCUUGCUAAACAAGCAUUUGAUGAUGCUAUUGCUGAACUUGAUACUUUAAGUGAAGAGUCUUAUAAAGAUAGCACAUUAAUUAUGCAAUUGUUAAGAGAUAAUUUAACUCUUUGGACUUCUGACUUACAAGAGGAAGAAAAACAAGACGACGCCAAACCAGAAGUUGAAGCAGAAGAAUCUAAUAGUAAUGAAAAAGACUCAUUCCUAUUUGUAACAGAAGGGAUUUUGGCCUCAUCUUCAGUUUUAGCUGCGUUUAAUAUUGUAAAGGAUGAAAGUUGGGGAAUAUUUGAAACUUGUGGCAAAUUUAACAAUGUACAAGAUGCUGAAAUUUCUGGAAAUGAACAGAUUAAGAGGAUAAUGAUGGGUCAAGAUUAUGAUGGAUCCCAUAUCAAAGGAUUAAUUAUAAAUUUUUUAGAUUACCCAUCAUUAUUGAAGCAAUCUGGUUUUUUAGAUGAAUUGGUAACUCCCCUUUUUAAAUGCAAAAAGGCACAUACAUAUGAAGAAAUGAGGGAAUAUCUAAGUAAUACUAGCAUGUAUGUUAAGCAAUUUAAACCCAUGGAUGAAGAAGAUUGCAAACUAAUUAAAAUGGUAUUUGCAAAAGAGAAUAUUAAUGAAUGUAGAAAUUGGAUUGAAAAUAUAGAAGUUUCAGAAUUGUCAGGUUAUGUUUCUGAAAAUACCAAAUAUCAUCAUGGUACAACAAAUCUUGAUCCUAUAAUAAUUGGUCUUGCACAAAAUUUUGUAGGAUCUAAUAACAUCAAUUUGUUAGAGCCUAUAGGUCAUUUUGGUAAUAGAAAUGAUGGUAUUAAGGCCUACCUUAAUGAAAAGCAAAAAUGUUCAAAGAGCAUGAGUAAUUUAAUUUAUAAUUUCCAAAAAUAUUGUGCUGAUACCAAAAAUGAAAUGACAUCAAAUGAAAUCAUGGACCUAAAACCAACAUCAGAGUUUGUUCUGAGGUAUGCAGAAGAGGUUGACCAUAUUCAAGUUUUGAAGGAAGUUUUUGAACCUGUUGACAA